AUGGGCAGAGUCUCCCUUAACACCCCCAUUCGCGCAAUCAUAAUAACAUUGAUGAAAAGGUCAAUGGUGCACUACAAAAAAAUAUUGCAUGAUGAAAUAAAUUUACAAAGAGGGUCCUAUAAAAUAUUAGAUAGCCAUUUUAAAGGCAGCACAUAUUUUCUACGUUUUAUGUACUGUGCUCGUACGCUUUGCUAUGAAAUUUAUUCACCGACAGCUCAAAAACUGUGCAUAAAAUUGGGUAUUGUCGGAUGGGAUGCGGCCGACCUGAGUAUAGACAUUUUAGAAUUAACUAUAGCCUUAUAUGUGUGUGAUAUGAACAGAAGGGAAAAGAAUCAGAACAUCUAUUACACAUCUUAUGAAAUAAAAACGGUUGAAGAAAUAUUAAAGGAAGGUGAUAAUUUAACGGAAAAAUUAGCUAGUGAGGGUAAACAUUUUAAUAAUGAACAGAUUGUGAAUGCAUUAGUAAGGUCAGACGCAAUGAUGAUGAAUCGAAAACAUUCAAAAGAAAAGGAACCACAGGAAGGUGUAGAAGUUGAAUAUGAAAUGCCGAAAGGAAAGGACUUAGAUGUAAGAAAAGGGCAGAAUGAAACGGAAGGAAAUAACAGAAGAGGCUAUAAAGCGAUGGAAAACAAAGAAACGGAAGCAGGAAUGUUGGUAACUGAACCAAAGGAAAAGGAAGGAGAACCAAAGAAACCCAUAAAAGCUAUAUUGUUAUCCAUUAUAAGGAUGAUUCGAUACAAAAUCCAAUAA